AAUUAAUAUGAAUUAAUUUCGUUAAAUAUUUGUCAAGUGUGUAAUAAAAAUUUCAACAUGUUCAUCUAAGGAUUUUACGUGGGAAACAAGAAGAUUUAUAAUUGUCUUAAGCUGCAUAUUACAUUUCCAAGGUGGAGUUCGAAAGAGAAAUGCCAGUGGAAUCGUCGAUCUAUUGGAGCUCGGUCGACUCACGAAAAUCGACCUCCGGCAGUUCCGGAAGCGACGCGGGCGGUCGUCAUUACGUGGACCCGUGGGACCUGGAGAAUUAUGCUUAUCUACGCCGUCACAACGUCGUCGAAGCACCGCGUCGAACGCGACGUCCUCCCACGAACGAGCAUUCUUCCCGCGAUACGCGAACAUUCCCGGAAUACUGGUAUGCUUUACCCUCAUUGAGAGAAUCGGAAUAUGAUGGCUCCCCAUACGCGCAGGAACUGUACCGCAGACCAAUUAAGUCAACGAACAAUGGCUUCUAUUAUCAGCAAGCUAUCUACGAGGACGAGGGAAUGGAUUAUGUUGCACCGUUUCCGGUUUACACGCCUGGAUUAUUCGAAAUUUCUAGAUAUCCUCUGCAAGAAGAAAGAUGCUUGCCAUAUGCAGUUCACACAGAUAAAGAAAGAUAUAUAGCGGAAGCGAGCUGUCCACCACAUAUUGGACAUUUAAACACAUAUGGUCAUCUGAAGAUCGACUACACAAACAGCUGGAAUUCGCUCAAUCGUCGAAUUAGGAAGUAAGAUUGACUUUUCUCGGAUUAAAAAUGAAUAUGAGAAAUGAGAAUUACUUGAUAAUAUGUUACAUAAAUAAUAUUGUUAUAUGCUCAAUCAAAGCCUUUAAUUAAUUAAGAAUUAAUCGAAAAAAACGUGCAAUUAAAUUUGCAAUUUUACUCUUCUUAUUUAUUAGUUAGUAAUUC